GCAAACAAUGUUUUUUAUGUCUUGAAUGUUUUGUAUUGAAAUUGUUGGAAAAUAACCCAAUUUAUAGGCAAAUAGUGAAUAUUUGAUCGUCAGUUCAGCAACAUGAGCCGGCAACUGAAGUUCAAUGUGCAGGCCGAGGAUCAUCCGUCGCAGUGGGAGGAGGAGUACCACUCGGAUCUGGUGGAGAUCAAUCUGAAUGCCAGCUGCGGCCAGGCCAAGCAGCAGUCGGCCCAGGCACUGGACAAGCUGCUCCUGGCGGCCAGCACGCCUCCACAUCGUGGCUAUCCCUAUGGCUAUGCGGACAUUGAUCCCGGCACGGAUAUUUACUUCUGCAAGAAGUCCAACUCCACGGGCCAGCUGGCCGAGAAGGUAUCACCGCCACCGCCGGCGGCCACCAACAUAAGCUGUCUGCGGCAGAUGUACUGUCCCAAGUGCCACGAGCGGUUGCACGAGCAGGGCGUGCGCCUCGAGCGGCUGCUGACCAUAUGCUGCUUUGCCCUGCUGCCCAUCUAUCCCUGCUGCAUGCGACGCUCCAACGACGACUGCAAGGUCAUCUGUGGCAAGUGCGGCUAUCUCUUGGGUGCCUGGAAGCGGCAAUGAAGAUGAUCUCUGAUCGAUGGGGCGCUGAUCUCUUUGUUUUUUUCGUUUGUUUUAUUUAGUUUUUAUUUGUAUUUUUAAGUAGUUUUGUUGACCUCGAAGCGAGAGAUGAAGAUGAAACAUUCCCAAGUGUACAAAAAAACUUUGUUUCUCUCUUCUGUCCGAUCUUCUGCUCUUCCGCUCUUCUCUACUCUCUUUGGCACAAU